AUGCCCAAUAGAGUUGUUUCAAGAGUGGCGAAAAAGCUAUCUGCGUAUUAUUACAACUAUGGAAAGACAGUAGCUUCACGAACUUGCAUUCUACUGCUUUUUUCGCUAUCAUUUAUAAGUUAUUUUUCAUUACCAUACCUAAAUAAAUCUAGAAGAACAGGUGUAACACCAACUACACUCAACAAUAUACCAUUAUCGCAAAUAUCCACUUCUUUGGAUGCCCAAUGUUGGCACGCUUCUGCGCACGUCCAGUUCAAUAAUUUCACACUCACUCGCCAUCUACCACCAUCGCACUACUUAAUUACUGAACGUAUUCGAUUAUCUCAUCCCGAUCGUCCCAUUACUUUUGAAUUGAUUCAAAAAGCAAAAGAAAUUUAUUUAAGUAUUGCCUCAACCAUCGUCAUGGACGAUAAUCAACCUGUUUCUUUAAACUCAAUCUGUUACCAACAUCAAGGUCAUUGCCUCAUUCACGCUCCACCAUUUGAGGAAUUAAACACAAUAGCAGAUUGGAAAGAAACUACGAAUUUACAUAAUCAGCCUUCCUUAAAGUACGAAACUCAUCCUUACUCAAUAUAUUCAAACACUACUUUUGACGCCCAAGACGAACUUGUAAAAGCCGACGCCGUCGUGAUUACUUUUAUAUUGAAACAAACUCAAAACGGUAAUACAUUACGUAUCUGGAAUAGCAUUUUACACCAAGUCAAGUUAGAACACCAUAUUUUGAAUGUAGAUAAUUUCAUGCAUGACGGCGAUACCAGCAACGGCGGCAGCAUCUGGUAUGCUUCAGCCAAUACUUCUUCGCAAAUGCUUCAAUACAAGUUUAAUCUAUUUCCUUUUGAAUUAUCUUACAAGGUACAAUUAUCCAUUGUAGCCUACAUGAUCGCCUUCUAUUUGGUCUCGAUGGCCUUCGGUAAAUCAAAUCUAGUCAAGUCUGGUUACAGUUUUGGUUUAGCGGCAGUGUUUCUUUCCAUUGCUUGUUUCACCACCACUUGGGGUAUCUUUAUCAAACUCGGGAUCUCUUUAAAUACAGUCCCAUGGUAUCUCUUGUUGAUCUCCGUCAAUGUUGCUUCGUUAGAAAAUGUCUUUUUAUUAACCAAUGCGGUGCUCUAUGCUGGCUGUGAUAUGAUUGUCAUUGAAAAAGUGAGCAGAGGCUUACAAAGUGUAGGUGUGCCAAUGACAGCCACGUUGGUUGCCGAACUCAUUAUUCUCUCCCUGGGUGGAUACAUGGAUAAUGCAUUGAUUAAAGAAUUUUGCAUGUUUACGAAAGUCGCUUUGUGCGUCGAUUAUCUGCUUGAAAUGACUUUUGUCAUUGCUGUCCUGUCUAUUGAUAUUAAACGAGUCGAGCUGGCUGACUUGGAUGACCGUCAAAUGUCAAAACGAUUACACGAACUUGCAAACCAUGAAUCAGAAACAGAGAACCAACAACCUGAUUUUUGUCCUGUGCAAGAUACGCCCAAUAAGGACGAUUCGAAAUCAUGCGCAGAUUGUAAAGACUUCAAGACGCAUCGCAUCUUUAAUGCAUUGAUGCUCUGUUUCGUUGUGCUUUCAUUAGCUUUAUUCUGUUCAAAAGACACCAAUCAUCAUCACCAUCAAUUACACAAACUGUAUCAACCCGAACUUAACCAAUUAUCAGAUCAAUUCUGGUCAACCGUCAAUCCCAACAAGGACGUGACUUGGCUUCAAAUUGAGCCACCCCAUUUACUCAUCUAUAGCACCGACCCUUAUAAAGUAUCAGAACACGUAGAACAAUUACAGCAAUUAUACUUGGCUAAAUACAUGGUUAUUCGUACCAAGAUUCAGCAUGGACCUUCUCUCUUUCGAUCAUUUGUCGUGUCCAGUCUUCAAAAUUUAAUAAGUUUUAUCCUGAAUAUCAAUGUGCCCAUGUUGAUCCUCUGUUUGGUCAUGGUAGGAAUUAUUACUUGGAUGACGCCCAAAUGGCGUGAUCAAUGGUUACUGCCACUUAUCACACAUACGUUUAACCAAGUGAUCUAUAUAUUGAUGGAUUGGUUCCCUUUACAACGUGUAUACUUGUAUAUGAGGGGCUUACCCUACGAAGGAGAAAGUAAAGAAUAUGACGCCGACGGCAUUCAACAUCAUGGCGCUAUUUCUGUACAAAAUAUCUUCAAUCAACAACAAUAUCGUGCUAAUGUGAAACAAGUGCAAGUACGCACCUUGAAAAGUCAUCAUGUGGCGGAUAUUCAGAACUUGGACGCCAACGCGCAACAAAGUUUAGUCUCAUGUGGUCAAGAUGGUCGUAUUGUCUUGUGGAACGCUGAUGUCAGUAAAGCAACUUGGGUAGCACGUUUGGAUAAACUGUCCUUGGGCCGUGGUGGUGUUGUUCAGGCUAUUCAGAACCCUGAUUUCAGUAUGAAGCGCAAGUCAGCUUCAAAACAAAAAAAGAAAGUGGCCGGUACAUUGACAAAAGCACAGUUACCAAAAGCACGCUGUGUGAGCGUGGAUCAAGGUAAUAAAUGGAUCGCGGGUGGAUAUGAAGAUGGCGUGGUACGAAUUUGGAAUGUCAGUACCGGCACAUUGGUGCGAGAAAUGGAAUAUCAACCUCAUUUGCCUUCGGUGGUUGAAGUACAAGAAGUCAUUGCGCCCAAACUUCGAAAUCGCUUCAACGCAAAUCCUUCUGCCACUAGUACCACUAACAUGAAAAGAGAGGCCGUUGAUCGUAUUCUUUUUUUACAGUUUAUUGGCGCUGUUGCAGAGUAUUGUCAUCCUCUGGUGGCUGAAGUAGCUUCCCGUGUCAGAAGUAACGAUGAAGAAUGUCAAAAUUUUGUGAUUACAGCUCAUAAAAGUGGUGUGCUUCAUGAAUGGGAUAUUGUAUCUGGUGAAUGUAUUCAAACUGUCAAAACAGGUCAUACAAAAGACAUGACACAAUUACAUGUAGUGGAUUCCAAGACGACACCACAUCGUAAAUCGGGUGUGACCUGGGUAUUCACAGCUUCAAAGGAUGGCACGGUCAAGUGUUGGGAACGUCGAUUGAUCCAAGCCAAAGACGAAGACGAAUGUUCUAGUUCACAUUGGUUAUUGGCGUACACGAUUGAGCAAACAAGUCCGGUAACUUCAAUUGUGACCGAAUUACCCGUGGGUGGUAUGGGCGUACUUGUAACAGGCUGUAAUGAUGGUUCUGUACGUGUGUGGAAUUUCGAAACGGGAGAAUCGAUCUGUACUUUAUCCGUCGGUAAAUCGACUACAGCAUCUCCGGCCACUUCCAUUGUGGAUAAUUUAUUGGUGGGUGGACCCAUCCGUAAGUUCAGUAAAUUCUCCACUUUGCACAGCGAAUUAUCGUCUUCGUCGGAGGAAGAAGAGGGGAAUGAGUCGGACACGAAUUCCACAUAUUCUCGUGCUAGCACCGUUACAUCAGGCGCGGCAGAUCAUCGUGGGGCCAUCUACCAGGUUGUUGUCACACGUUACUGUGAGGUGGAGAACGGGCCUGGGUUAUGUCGUGGGUGUGAUACCUGUUUUGGAAACGGGUUUUUAAUUGCCUCAAGCUCUAUGGAUAAUAAAGUCCACGCUUGGCGAUUGGAGCGCUCCGACAGCGGACAUGAAGGUUCAUGUACUUUGUGUACAAAAGACUACCACCGUAAACAAUACAAGCAUAGAAAAUCAUCUAUUUCAGAAGACGCCGGUCCUGAAGCCGUCAAUAAGUUGACUCCCAAUGGUAGAAGAAGAAGAAGAUCUAGCUCUCAACAAAUUGCUACAAGCACCAAAAAGAGAUUCAUCUCUCGUCCUGUCAUGAAUGCUAGUAAUGAUUCAUCUGUUCUGGAGUUAUUAGAUAUUGAACAAUUGGCAGGCGAUGCACAUAUUCCAUUAAAGGCAACCUUCCUUGGUAAAAUAGAUCAGCCCGCUGGUCAUGGUGUGGUCUUCUGUGACAAAAUUUUGGCUGGUGUACGUCGUCGCCGUCAACACCAUCAUCAACCUAAUAACCAUAAUCAAAAGGGAGGCGAAUGGGAAACGUGGUUUGCUUCGUUACAGUACUACAACCCGUCACUGUCAAAAGAGGAAGGUAUUGUUAACAUGAUGCGUAUCCCCAUCGAAACGUUCGACCUGGAUCAUGAUGAUACUAUGCCGUUAGAUUCACAAAAGGAAGACGAUAUUACAUCUGCACAAGCAUUAAAAGGUACCUUAUUAAGUCUCUUUACAAAGGCUUCAGGCCCAACUGAAAAGAAGACAAUCGAUCACCAGUUGAAAUACAAACGUAUUCACGCCACUAUCGACAAUGUGUCUGAUGAUGAAUCAGCCGAGGACCCGUUAGAAGAUGAAGAUAUCUUGGAAGCCAGUGAAAAUUUACCUUUUUCUGCAGUACGACAUAUCAUCCCCUUGGAUGGAUGUGGAUUGGCGUGUGAUUUCGGCAACUUUAUCAAACUGGUGUAUCUCGAUAAACCUAGUCUGACCGAAAAAGCAAAGAUAAAACAGGCCAGUGAUUCUAGAGAUGGGAGACAUCCACAACAACUCAAGAUCGUCGAGCAGGCUGUGAUUGAAGAAGAAGAAGAGGAAGUUGAUUCCGGCUGUCAAUGUGAUGACGAUGAUAACGGUGCGUGUUCUCCCAAGAAUAAGGAUGUGGAUGGCUGUUGUGGUGGUGCCAACAAGUCUAAAGACGGCAAAUGCUGUGGCGGUGGUGCUGGUAACGUCAAGAAACAACAAGAUGAAAAAAGAAGGCUGAGAUCGUUGCAGAAAAAACAACAACUGCAGCAACAGCAGCAAGCGGUGGUGACACCAAACGCUUGUAGUGGAGUUCGUAGUCUUGCAGAUUGUUCAUUGAGAAAUAACUGUUCUAGAGCAUCUGAUUGUGUUUCUUCUUCGCCUGCUUCCUAUUCUUUCAGCAACUGGUUGUAA